UUAGAUAUAUUUGAACAUAACAUUUCAAGAAGUUCACUAUUAAAUACUUAUAAAAUGGGAACAUUUUUUCAACUAUUUGUAGUAAUAACUACAAUUUAUUUAAAAAUUCAAACAAUAUAUUCCACCAAAAAUUUAUAUACAUCCGACCAGAAAAAUAUCUACUAUAUUGAAAAUGAAUCAAAGUAUACCUGGUUUGAUGCUUUAACAAAAUGCACAAGCAUGAACAUGAGUUUGGCCACAAUCGAUACCAAAGAAAAAUCUGACGAGAUAACUAAUUUAUUGAGCAAAACAUUUGGAAAUGUUAAUGGCAUAUGGAUUGGUGCCAUAGCUAAUGGUAAAGAUCAUCAUUUUAUUUGGAUUUCAACUGGUAAUGAGAUGACUUUCACAAAUUGGUCACCUGGUGAACCAAAUUUUCAAAAUGCUCAGGAAUAUUGUGUUCUAACUGGAUGGACGGACAAAAUUAAAUGGAAUGAUGGUGGUUGCUAUAGUUUACAAGGUGUUAUUUGUGAUUUUAAUGACUAUAAUUAUAAUCUGAAUGAAUUGAAAGAGUUCUAUGAAGCAAAAUUACAAGAAGAAAUGUUAAAGGAACAGGAACUUCAAAAUCAAUUACAAAACGAAUUGGCAAAGGAACAAGAACUUAAAGAUCAAUUACAAAAGGAAUUAGAAAAUAAAAAUCAAAAUCAAUUAGAAAAUGAACAAGAACUUCAGAAACAAUUAAAACAGGAAUUAGAAAAGGAACAAAAACUUCAAAGUCAACUGCAAAAAAAUCAACUUUUGUUACAAAUGUUACUUGAUUAUAGAUUUUAUAACGAUGAUAGAAAUAAGUUAAUACGUGAUGUUGUUGUAAAUAUAAAUUGAUGAGCUUUAAUUCGUAUAAUAAUAAUAAUAAUAAUAAUAAUAAUAAUUUGAGAAUUAUUGUUGUUGCUUUUAGUAAUGAAAAUAAAUUUUGAAU